AAUGCAUCACUUAUACUGAACAGAGAGACUACACAGAGCAAAGGGGGACAACAGAGAGGCCGGUGGGCUCUAAUAUUAGCCAUCAGGGGCUGCUACUUUAUGCUGGACUUCAAUCAAAGGCCUGAAGAUGAGCUUUCUACUCUUUGGUGUCACAGCCUUUCACCUUAUUAUACUGGUGAUCCUCUUUGUUGCCACACUUGACAAUUCAUGGUGGAUAUUCUCUGAAGAGGAGACCGUGAACCUCUGGUACGACUGUCUUCUUGACAACAACACUGGAGUCUGGUUGUGUUCUUCUGUGUCUACUAAUGAAUGGUUCCAUGCUGUCCAGGCGCUCAUGGUACUUGCAGUCUUGUUCUCCAGCUUUUCCUUUAUGCUCUUCAUGUGUCAGCUCUACACUAUGGAACGAGGAGGACUAUUUUAUGCCACUGGUGUUUUCCAGAUUCUUGCCAGUCUUGCUGUAUUCUCUGGAGCCGUCAUCUACGCAACCCAUGUAACAGAAUUCCACCCAGACCGGGCAAAAUCAGGAUACUUUGGCCACUGUUUUAUAUUAGCUUGGGUGGCCUUCCCCCUGAGCAUGUUGAGCGGAAUCAUAUACAUCCACCUCCGGAAACGGGAAUAAGACAGUCUGGUAUUUUAUUUUCCAAACAUCAGGGAACAUAAUACAGGCAAGUGGAUACCAAAAAAAAAGAUUUUGAGAACCUCGGUGCCAACCCUGGGAAUCUUUCAUCUUCAUCAUAAGUUUACGGAGCAGCCAUCACUAAGAUCUUCUUGGCUGAGGAGCAGCAGCUUAGCCCAACUCAGUGAAUAUGACACAGAAAGAUUAACUUGGAAAUUACUUUAAAAUGUGUCAUGCAAUAUAACAGUCUGUUUGCAUAGAGACUGUCCCAUGCAAUUUAUAUAAUGCAGAUGAGCCGCUAAAUCACAUCACUUUUACAUUGAAAACCAGAAUGAGUCACUGGGAUUCCCCUUGAUAGUUUCCUUUCUAGAGCCGAGCUUUUCAUACUGUCACUUUUGCAAAAUAUUUGUUUUUCUGUAUUGAGGACAAUGGCAGCAAUGGAUUUUCCAGCAGAGGCACAUUCAUUUCUUCCUGAUGGAACUAUUUGUCUUCAUCCACUACCGCUGAUAUUCUCCAUUCUAUUCCUACAUCGCUUUUUGGAUUAGGUUGGACCAAUGCUAGUUAUCAGCACCCACAACAGGACAAUGUUUCCCACCAGCAUAAUAUUGUAUAUGUCACCAAUUACUUCCGCAAAAUAGCCGCAUCUGAAAAGAGUAUAUUGCAAAAAGGUUUUGCCGAUUCCAAUAAAGGACCAGUGAGAAUUGA